GGCUGAUUCCCAACCAGCGUCAGCUCAAGUCGCACACGCGCGCAGACGCACUUCCUAAAAGACCGAAGGUGUUCGCAUCUCUGAGAGAGACCUUGGGUAGGGAAAGGACCUACUUCGUGCCUACCUAACCUGCCUAACACUUCUCUUUACGAACUCCCUCCUCGGCAAUCGGACUCAUCCAGUACAGCACACACACACACACAGCACCUUCCGUCACACCACAGACACCCACCUGUACCUACCUUACAGGUACCUGACUUAUACAGCUGUCGGUGCUGGCCAGGUCUUGCCUGAGGUUGCUGCAUCCAUCAUCCUCUUCCCGGCAUCCAUAAGGUACAUAUUGGUACAGCCUACCUUACCUUACCGCUUCUCCUGGCUCCCGACCCUCCCGCCACUGACUGCUGGAGCCUGACUGGGGACUGCAUUCAUUCAUUCAUUCAUCCGAAUCCUCCCUCAUUAAUGUAUUGGACUCUCUCGCACCUCUACCAACACCAACUAUUCCGCCACAGCGCAGUCGACGUCGGAUUAAAGAACAACAGGCACAACGCUAUGGCUGCCUCGAACGCCACAGCGUGCAGACUGCCGUCUAAGCUUCCUGCCGACUUGGGGUCCCAUAUAUCAAUGAUGGAGUUCUUGGAACUCAGUCCCGACCUGCGUCUAAGAAGCAACACGAUCGAGACGGAGAAUGUUCCUUCAUCGGAGACGACGACGUUGAGUGGCUGCCACGACAGCCUCAGCAGCGGACGGAAUUCGAUGGCCAGCAGUCGGACCUCGAACAAUUCCACCUGCAGCCAACUCAGCUCCAUCGCAAAGCCCGUCAAGCGAGUGCGAUUCGAGGAAACGGCAAGCUGGACCUUCUUUGACGACAACGAAGUCAUGCCGGAGCGACCAGAAAUCCGCAAGCGGCCAGAGCUACGAAAACGACCAUCCUUCAUGACACGGAGUAUGGAUCGCAUCAUGACACGCAAAACCAUACCCAUUGAGACGGACCCUGGCGUUCCGCCCGCAGCGCUGUCAGCCAUGACUGAGAACCUACGACAACUGAAGCGACGGAAUUCUGCAAUUGACAUUGCAAGUGUUGCCAACAAAACGACGAGUCGAUACUCCACCCCAGGUCGACGAGACUCACUCGUCAUUACGGUGCACCAACCCCUUCGAGAGUCUGCUGGGAGAAGGUACAGCAAUGCGCAAACGCCUGCACGAACACCCGCAGCUCCAGCACCCAAAGGAGAGUGGGGCGAUUUACUCGGAACUCCGAAACCCAAUCCAUUGGCAGUGUAGCUUCCACAGCUUGGAAGCUUGGAAUGAUGAUAAACGAAUUGACGUUUUGGGAACGGGGAAACCACUUAUUUUUCAUUGGAAUUUCAACGUUUUGGGGGUUAGCGAUGGCGUUUGUCGGAUGUAUGGGAAUCCGUUCCCCAAGAUUUAGCAUUGCAGGCAUAUGAAUGACAGUUUCAGAUCAAGACAAGGCCAAGAUACCGAGAGAAAGAAAAAGAGACAGAAGCAACGAUGGAGACUUGUGUGCGUGCGUGCGUGUGCGCGUGUGUGUGUGUGUGUGUGUGGGCUGUGUCUGUGUGUAUGGUCUGUGUGUAUGAUCUGUACCUACCUUACCUACUAUACCAGAUGCGGACUUUCACAUACCAAUAGUCUCAAUUAUACCCACGAUAUUUAUUUGCAUUCAC